AUGUUUAAUCUUUUCAAACAUCUAUCUAUCUAUCUAUCUAUCUAUCUAUCUAUCUAUCUAUCUAUUUUAUCUUUUCACAUCUAUCUAUCUAUCUAUUUUAGUCUUUCAUAUCUAUCUAACUAUAUAUCUAUUUUAGUCUUUUCAUAUCUAUCUAUCUAUCUAUCUAUCUAUCUAUUUACUUUAUCUUUUCAUUAUCUAUCUAUCUAUCUAUCUAUCUAUCUAUCUAUCUUAGUCUUUUCAUAUCUAUCCAUCUAUUUUAGUCUUUUUCAUAUCUAUCUAUCUAUCUAUCUAUCUAUCUUAGUCUUUCGUAUCUAUCUAACUAUAUAUCUAUCUAUCUAUUUUAGUCUUUCAUAUCUAUCUAACUAUGUAUUUAUUUUAGUCUUUUCAUAUCUAUCCAUUUAUUUUAGUCUUUAUCAUAUCUAUCUAUCUAUCUAUCUAUCUAUCUAUCUAUCUAUCUAUGUCUGGCCUGAAUCACAUUCUAUCUAUCUAUCUAUCUAUCUAUCUACAAGCCUGUUCUUACUAUCUAUCUAUCUAUCUAUCUAUUUCAAGCAUUUUCUUAUCUAUCUAUCUAUCUAUCUAUCUAUCUAUCUAUCUAUCUAUCUAUCUAUUUCAGUCUUUUCAUUAUCUAUCUAUCUAUCUAUCUAUCUAUCUAUCUAUCUAUCUAUCUAUCUCAGUAUGUUCAUUAUCUAUCUAUCUAUGAAUCUAUCUAUCUAUCUAUCUAUUUAUUUAUGUCAGUCUGGUUCUAUCUAUCUAUCUAUCUAUCUAUCUAUCUAUCUAUCUAUCUAUCUAUCUAUCUAUCUAUCUAUCUAUCUCACACUGUUUCUCUCUCUCUCUCUCUAUCUGUGUAGUGGUAUCUCUCUAUAUAUCUAUCUAUCUAUCUAUCUAUCUAUUUAUCUAUCUAUCUAUCUCUCACAGUGUGUUCAUAAUCUAUCUAUCUAUCUAUCUAUCUAUCUAUCUAUCUAUCUAUCUAUCUCAGUCUGUUCAUAUCUAUCUAUUGCAGUCUGUUCAUAUUUAUCUAUCUUAAUCGAUUCCUAUCUAUCUAUCUAUCUAUCUAUCUAUCUAUCUAUCUAUCUAUCUAUCUAUCUAUCUAUCUCAUUCUGUUCAUAUUUAUCUAUCUUAAUCGAUUUCUAUCUAUCUAUCGCAGUCUGUUCAUAUCUAUCUAUCGCAGUCUGUUCAUAUUUAUCUAUCUUAAUCGAUUCCUAUCUAUCUAUCUAUCUAUCUAUCUAUCUAUCUAUCUAUCUAUCUAUCUAUCGCAUUCUGUUCAUAUUAAUCUAUCUUAAUCGAUUUCUAUCUAUCUAUCUAUCUAUCUAUCUAUCUAUCUAUCUAUCACAGUGUGUUCAUUAUCUAUCUAUCUAUCUAUCUAUCUAUCUAUCUAUCUAUCUAUCUAUCGCAGUCUGUUCAUAUCUAUCUAUCGCAGUCUGUUCAUAUCUAUCUAUCUAUCUAUCUAUCUAUCUAUCUAUCUAUCUAUCUAUCUAUCGCAGUUAUUCAGUGUUUCCCUUGACCCUCUUGCCUUCUUUAUAUUCUUCUUUCUUUUUCUUUCUUCUUCUUUCUUCUUUUUCAUCUUCUUUUUCCUCUUCCUUUUUUUUCCUUCUUUUUCUCCUUCGUCUUUAUAUUCUUUCUUCUUCUUCAUCUUUUUUCAUCUUUCUUCCAUCCUUUUUAUGUUGUCCUUUUUUCUUCUUUUUCAUCUUCUUUAUUCGUCUUUCUUUUUUUCCUUCUUUAUAUUCUUUCUUUUUUUUUCAUCUUCUUUUAUCCUGUUUUUCUUCUUUAUUCUUCUUCUUCUUCUUUUUCGUCUUUCUUCUUUUUCAUCGUCUUUUUUUCCUCUUUUUUCUGUUUCCUUCUCUUUCUUCUUCGUCUUUUUCGUUUUUCUUCUUCUUUUUCUUCUUCUUUUUUCAUCUUUCUUCUUUUCCUUCUUUAUAUUCUUCUUUCUUUUUCUUCUUCUUCCUCUUCGUUUAUCCCUUUUUUUUCUUUCUUCUUCUUUCUUCUUUUUCGUCUUUCUCCUUCUUUCUUCUUUUUCAUCUUCUUUUUUCCUCUUUGUUCUUCUUCUUUUUCCUUUUUUUCUUCUUCGUCUUCAUAUUCUUUCUUCUUCUUCAUCUAUUUUCGUCUUUCUUCUUCCCUCUUUUUAUGUUCUUCUUCUUCUUCUUUUUCAUCUUCUUUUUUCCUCUUUCUUCUUCUUCUUUUUCCUUUUUUUCUUCUUCGUCUUCAUAUUCUUUCUUCUUCUUCAUCUUUUUCCGUCUUUCUUCUUCCCUCUUUUUAUGUUCUUCUUCUUCUUCUUUUUCAUCUUCUUUUUUCCUCUUUCUUCUUCUUCUUUUUCCUUUUUUUCUUCUUCGUCUUCAUAUUCUUUCUUCUUUUUCAUCUUUUUCCGUCAUUCUUCUUCCCUCUUUUUAUCUUCUUCUUUUUCAUCUUCUUUUUUCCUCUUUCUUCUUCUUUUUCCUUUUUUUCUUCUUCCUCAUCAUAUUCUUUCUUCUUCUUCAUCUUUUUCCGUCUUUCUUCUUCCCUCUUUUUAUGUUCUUCUUCUUCUUCUUUUUCAUCUUCUUUCUUCUUCUUUUUCCUUUUUUCUUCUUCGUCUUCAUAUUCUUUCUUCCUCUUCAUCUUUUUCCGUCUUUCUUCUUCCCUCUUUUUAUGUUCUUCUUCUUUCUUCUUUUUCAUCUUCUUUUUUCCUCUUUCUUCUUCUUUUUCCUUUUUUUCUUCUUCGUCUUCAUAUUCUUUCUUCUUCUUCAUCUUUUUUCGCCUUUCUUCUUCCCUCUUUUUAUGUUCUUCUUCUUCUUCUUUCUUCUUUUUCAUCUUUUUUCCUCUUUCUUCUUCCUCUUUUUCCUUUUUUUCUUCUUCGUCUUCAUAUUCUUUCUUCUUCUUCAUCUUUUUCCGUCUUUCUUCUUCCCUCUUUUUAUGUUCUUCUUCUUCUUCUUUCUUCUUUUUCAUCUUCUUUUUUCCUCUUUCUUCUUCUUCUUUUUCCUUUUUUUCUUCUUCGUCUUUUAUAUUCUUUCUUCUUCUUCAUCUUUUUCGUCUUUCUUUUCUUCUUUUCUUUUUUCCUUUUCUUCUUCUUCUUCUUCUUCUUUUCAUCUUUUUUUUAUCUUUCUUCUUCUUCUUUUUUUUUUUUUCUUCGUCUUCAUAUUCUUUUUUUCUUCUUCAUCUUUUUCCGUCUUUCUUCUUCCCUCUUUUUUUUCUUCUUCUUCUUCUUUCUUCUUUUUCAUCUUCUUUUUCCUCUUUCUUUUUCUUCUUCUUCUUUUUUAUGUUUUUUCUUCUUCGUCUUCAUAUUCUUUCUUCUUCUUCAUCUUUUUCCGUCUUUCUUCUUCCCUCUUUUAUGUUUUUUCUUCUUCUUCUUCUUCUUCUUUUUCAUCUUCUUUUUUCCUCUUUCUUCUUCUUCUUUUUCCUUUUUUCUUCUUCGUCUUCAUAUUCUUUCUUCUUCUUCAUCUUUUUCCGUCUUUCUUCUUCCCUCUUUUUAUGUUCCUCUUCUUCUUCUUUCUUCUUUUUCAUCUUCUUUUUUCCUCUUUCUUCUUCUUCUUUUUCCUUUUUUUCUUCUUCGUCUUUAUAUUCUUUCUUCUUUUUCGUCUUUUUUCGUUUUUCUUCUUCCUUCUCCUCUUUAUUUUUUUUUCUUCUUCUUUCUUUUUUCAUCUACUUCCUUAUUCUUCUUUCUUUGUUUAUCUAUCUAUCUAUCUAUCUAUCUAUCUAUCUAUAUAUAUAUUAGAACAGACUGAAUUGAAGAGGUAUGAACACUACGUUUUUCUCUACGAAUGUAAACCAUCUCAUUAUCUUCACUCUCUUUGUCUUUUCUCUCUUUCUCGAACUCCCCCUCCCCUUUUAGUCUUCUAUAACUCUUUAACUCUCCCCCUCUCUUUUCCAUCUCUCGAGCUGCCUCUCUCAUUUUACAUUAUGUUCCCUCUUUAUCUCUUUGCAUCUUUCUUUCGUUCUCUCACAGAUUUACAUCUCCUCUCUCUUUCUUCAAUCUCCCACUUAUUUUUCUCUCUUUCAACUCUCUCCCUACUCUUCUCCCUUAUUUCUCUAGUUGCAGCCGGGGAGAGAGUCUUAGCGCCAUUAACAUUAGACGUUCUUAUUGCGCGUCGAAGAGGAGCUGAACGGCAACGAUUAGUGUUAUUUCCAUAUGCAGCCAAACUCAUUCGUCAUUCUAGAGAAAUUUCUAGUUCAUCUGUCGAUAGUUUCAGCUGUCAACUGACCGUCAGUUGGGCGCUGUUGUUCGCGCCUUGGACCGGCUUAAGAUAUAACGAAAUUGUUGAGCCGAGAAUGUUCUUUCUUUCUUUCUUUCUUUCUUUCUUUCUUUCUAUUCAGACGUCUUUUUUUCUUUCUUUCUAUCUUUCUUUCUUUCUUUCUUUCUAUUCAGACGACUUUCUUUCUUUCUUUCUUUCUUUCUUUCUUUCUUUCUUUCUUUCUUUCUUUCUAUUCAGACGUCUCACUUUCUUUCUUUCUUUCUUUCUUUCUUUCUUUCUUUCUUUCUUUCUUUCUAUUCAGGCGACUUUCUUUCUUUUUAUCUUUCUUUCUUUCUUUCUUUCUUUCUUUCUUUCUUUCUUUCUUUCUAUUCAGACCUCUUUCUUUCUUUCUUUCUUUCUUUUGUUCACCCAUUCUUUCUUUCUUUCUUUCUGUCUUUCUUUCUUUCUGUUCAGACGUUUUUCUUUCUUUCUUUCUUUCUUUCUUUCUUUCUUUCUUUCUUUCUUUCUUUCUUUCUUUCUGUUCAGACGUCUUUCUUUCUUUCUUUCUUUCUUUCUAUUCAGACGUCUUUCUUUCUUUCUUUCUUUCUUUCUUUCUUUCUUUCUUUCUUUCUUUCUAUUCAGACAUCUUACUUUCUUUCUUUCUAUUCAGACGUCUUUCCCAGACAUCUUUUCUAAAAAUCUAUCUAUCUAUCUAUCUAUCUAUCUAUCUAUCUAUCUAUCUAUCUAUCUAUCUAUCCUUAUUAUUUCCUCUCUAUAA